GUGUCACGGGGCUGUCAGUUACGUGUCAAGAAACCGGUGUGUGAGGACAUGAGCCAUGUGUGAGAAAUCUUAGAGAAACCUUACGAAAUGUAACCUGUCCAGACCCGAAGAUGAGAGUCCUGGAGCGGACAGGCUGGGUCUGCUACUUGUUGGCUGAACUGCUGCUGACAUUCGCUGCGGCAAACAACCACAGUGGGGAGACAGAGACCUACCAUGUGAGUGCAGGACGCCUCCUCUUGCUGAGGUGUCACCUUGCAGACGCUCACACCAAUGUGACCUGGAGCAGAGCAGGGAGGCAGAAUGUGAGCCUGCCCAGUGGAGUGGAGGUCCGGGCUGGGUUACUGUGGUUUCUACCUGUGCAAACUUCUCAUGCUGGAACCUACACCUGUGAGAAAAGGUCCAAAACUGGACCAUUGACGAUGAACUUUGGGUUGUCGGUGUCGUCCGGAGAGUGUCCUGAUCCAUCUGAAAACAUUUCCAUCUCCCGAGGAGUCAGUACAGUUCUUCCCUGCAAACAGAGAGAGAUCUUCCGACUGAAUAACAGUAGGAGCAUACGAUGGAUGAAGGACUGCCGCCUAAUUGAGCCCAUGUCUUUGGAUGAGGAUGGCUACAUGCGGCUGGAUCCAGCCUCAGAGGAGGAUGCUGGGAAUUACACCUGCCUGGUCGAUGUUAGCUUGGAUGGAAGGACCUACACAGCUGCACGUAGCAUCCAGCUGACCAUUAAAAAUGAUAUUAAAGGUACAAUAAUUACAGACCCGGAGGUGCUGUUCCCCAAAGGGCAAGUGGUCCUGGUUGAAGUGGGUAUGAGAGCAGAGCUGAAGUGUUUAGCCUACGUAGGUUUCAGUGAGGACCAUAUCACCCUCAUGUACUGGACUAUUGGUGGGGCAUUCACUGAGGAGCAUGAGGGACUCAAGGAGUCCUGGAAAUAUACUCAUGAUAGGGGGAAGGUGUACGGUCUGUGCACUCUAUCCAUCUCUAAGGUUACUCGUCUGUUCCUCGAUGUCCCCAUUCAUUGCAAUAUAAUGACCCCAAUAGGAAAGAAAGUCGGAUUGAUGCUGCUUCAAGAAGCCGACCACAGUGCCUUCUACACCAGUGUUGCUCUCUGCCUCACUGGCAUCGUAGCCUCUCUGGCCCUGGCUGCUGGCUCCCUCGUCUUCAAAAUAGAUGUGGUGUUGGCUUACAGGAAACUGUUGAGAUAUUUUUCCAAACAAGCUCCAGAUGGGAAACUCUACGAUGGUUAUGUGAGCUUCCUCCAUCCAGACACCCUGAGCUCAUCUGAGACAGCCAACUUUGCCCUGCAUAUCCUACCUGAGGAGCUGGAGAAGAAACAUGGCUACUCCCUGUAUAUCAGAGGACGAGACGACUGCCCCGGAGAAGCCUUGCAUGAUGUCAUAGCUGCUACUCUAAAGCAGUGCCGCAGACUGAUCGUCAUACUGUCUCCUGAGACAAAAUCUCCCACUGAAGUCGAAACAGAGGAAAUGUCACCAUUAUGCAACGACCAAAACCAGCUGUGCUACGAACAGACAAUAGGCAUUUACGACGCUUUGACGCAGAACGACACCCGAGUCAUCCUGGUGGAAAUCGGUGGCCCAGUGGAUUUCAACCGCCUGCCAGAGUCUCUUCACUACAUCAAGAGGAAACAAGGAGCUCUGAAGUGGGAGAAAUCCUCACCUGGAACCCACAGUCUCAGCAAGUUGCACUCAAACAGAAAGUUCUGGAAGAAUCUGAGGUACCACAUGCCCUCAGUGCCCGUAGGAAAACACCAGACAAUUAUCUAACCCAAGUGAAAAACUUCAUCCAGCCUCCAUCAUAGAUGUGAGCUUUGUUCCAUCGUGAGCUUUAGGGCUGUUUCCUGUAGAUAAGUUUGUGUCUGACAUGUGGAAAGCAGACUGCAUCCUGAAACGUACUGUACACUUUACUCUUACUGUUUUUCGCUUCAGGACAUAAUGGCUUAACACGAGGGCUCUCAGUAUCAUUUACUGGAAUGCAAGCCUAUUUAUGCAUUAGUAUAUUUUUAUAAUUAAGAUAUUCUGGUUCGGUUAUUGCAGAUAGCUUUUUUGAUUUUAGUAUUUUCCUUUGUCUUUACUUCUCUGACGUCCAAUGAAAGUAACAAAAUGGUUCGAAGAAAGAGAGAAAACUUUUCAAGAUAAUCUUAACUCGGUUUUCAGUAGUUAGAUAACAACUGAAUAAACUGGUUAGAUAAUCAGAAUAAAAUGAGUGUCAGCAUUAGCAAUGUUCUUCAACACAUUCUCAGCUGCCUUCUUCACCUUUUACUACGACAGAAAACACGUGUUGUGCAUAUCUAACCUGUGAUUACAGAUUUAACCUCCCAACUGUGUGACAUCAUGUUCUCUUGUUGCGUAUGUCAGUUAUCAUAAAACAUAUUUUAUUUAUCAGGUUGAAUACCGCUGAGUUCAGAGUGUGUCUGAUUCGGAAGCAAAAUAACUGAUGACCUUGUAAUUGUUGACAGAUUGGGGAGAGUACCAGGGGAAUUUCCUUCAUCAUGUUAUUUUAAAGGUUGUUCAAGAUUAUCCGAGGUCACAGUUUUUCUAGAUGAGCAAUAUUUGGCUCAGUUUUAAGAGUAGGUGAAGCUGAAUACAGCCAAUGCAAUUUCUCAACUGUAGCCCAUUUGAAAGAUUCUUCAAUAAUUAUACCCCAGACUGACUGAACCAAGUUCAAUUUCAAGUUGUGAUUUCAACACUUAAAGGCAUUGCUGUUUUUCACCUGAUCAGAUUCGUAGGAAGUUGGUGAAAAUGUUCCUAGGUCCAUCCCACAAUUGUGUUGGUUCUUCCAUGGCCCAUGUUCCAUCCUUCUAGCAAGUUUAAAUGAAUUAAUUUCAAAAUAUUUCUUUUGUGUAAUCCUGCUGACAGAAAAACGGUGGAGGUUAUCAAGUAUUGCUGAGUGAUUUUGAUCGGGGAAAUCACUUCAUCUUUUUCCUACUCUGUGUCCCUGUGCAGACAUUAAGAUAUUGAGAUGCUGGAAGCCUGUCUCGUGUUGAUGUUAGCUGAUUAGAAAAUGGGUGUAGAUUUCCCAUACUUGCUGAGAGAUGUCUUGUGUCCAGCAGCAACAGGAAAAAACUACUUUGGAAAACCACUUAAGCCCAACGGCCUCAAACCACAAAUUUACCAUCUGAGUUAUAAAAGUAUGCGUAAAUGUGCACAAACAGAGGCAUCAUGGUCUCAGCUUUAAACACAAACACUGAGCACAAUUCAUAGUUUUGAAUUCAGGGUUUAAGAGUUUAAAAUUUCAACUAUAACCACACAUUCUCCUACAGGCUUUAUUUGUAAGAAACGCCAAGCAUAAGGAACCACAACCCUUCACUGACCGACUCUGUACAUCUUCAACAAGCAUUUCCUGUUCAGCCUUUCAGAGAAACAUCUUAUCUUUGUUAUUUUAUCACUUCAGAACCUCAGAUAUCCUCUGCAGGUUUCUCUGUGCAGUCAAGUUUAAAAUAUUUACAACCAGUUUGGAAGCUGGCUGCUGAAUUUAGAUUCCCACAGCUGCAAUGUUAUUAAGAGAACAAGUAUUCAGGCUGAUGACUGCAAACAAUAAGAGAGUGAUUAUUUGUGAGGUAAUGCCUUGACUGUGAGGCAAAGCCUUGGCUUUGCCUCUGGAGCUGGUAAUGAGAAACAGUUGUCUUGGCAGCUCCACAUUGAGGAGAGAAGUAUUGUUUUAAAAACUGCAAACUCAAAAUAACUCGGGAGAAACCAUUUUACUCACUGAACAAUGAGGUCUGUGUUGUUUAUGAGCGACUUAUGCAAUACAUCUUUAUGUUUUAGUAAAAGUACCCAUGUUUUAUGAAGGCCAAUCAUCCCUGAUUACUCCUGCAAUAACUGUAAUUGUUUUUUACAUCUUAUAUUCAUAUUUAUUUAUGUUCCUAACUUUACCUUUGCAAACAACUACUGCAAUUUUGCAUGCUAGUCUCUUUUUGUCAUCUUUUGUAUUAAGUCUUUUGUUAUUCGCUCUAUUUGCAAUGCCCUUUAAAUGUUGUUGUAGCACAAUACUUUCCCAAUUUGGGAUCAAUAAAGUACAUCUAUCUA